AUGACGAGGACCAAAGUACCAUUACCAAAUCAACAAGGUCGACAUUUCGGUCAAAGUCAAGACCAAACCGACCAAGGAUCGACCAUUAAAAACAUGCAACCAUGGAAUGUCGGUACCAUAGCACAGCGGUCCUGGCGAUGGAUUCGGGUUUCCUAUGCACAGCAAUCGCACGAUUCCACAUUUGAAAAGAUAUCAAUCUAUGGCUCUCUCUCUCUUUUACGCGCAUACACGUUCACAAAUCAUUUCACUCAAACGCUCGAUCAACCACAAUCACAAACAUCAAAAACAACCAUGCCGAGAAACAAAGGUCAAUGGCAUCAAGACCGGUCUGGAGGAUAUGCAUCGCUUUGUCGUUCAGGGUCACAGGGCACCGUGCGUCCAUCGAUUAAGAGUCGCCUGGCCGUUGGGUGCCGUGCUGAAUCUGCUCAACAAUCUCGACCAUCACUCAAAUAA